CGGUUGCUUUUGGACUCUGUCUUCUCUAACACCAUGGCCGAAAAGCUAGGCUCUGCUUUCCUCACAGGGCUGUUCUUUCUCAUCCUCACAUUCACUCAUGGCAACGAGGCAUUAGAGCAAAAGCUUGAUUCAGGACGACCUCUUCCUCUUGUCUUCACUGGUGAAAAAGGGAGAACAUACAAAUGCCUACAAACAUCAACAAACUUCAGGAUCCAGGGACAUAUUAUUACCCUGAUUAAAGUGGGAGCAGCCCACACCAUGCGGGAAGUGUAUGAGUCCCUGGACGUUCGUGAUCUGGGUCGGUCCAUAACUGUCUCUGUCACCUUACAUGCUCAUCAACCCACCGAAGUGUUUUUCAUCGUGGCUUCCUCUCAUUUCACAAACCCUGUUCUCACCGCCACUGCAAUUCUUGACUACUUAGGCUCCAAAAUCCCUCCUUUCAAGCCAUUACCUAUUGGCCCAAAUUGGCAUAUUCACUGGUCCAUAAAGCGAGCCAGAACAAUCAGAUUGAAUGCAACGUCUAAUCCUCAAGGCUCAUUCCACUACAGGACAAUACCGACUGUCAGGAUACUUUUUCUGAAAAAUACACCUACUGAAGCAAAGCCGCCCUGCACCUACAAGAAAUUCCCUGCCGAAACAGAGCCCUUCACUGCUGAAACAAAGCCCUGCAGUCACGUUGUUCAUGUCCUUCCUCGUAACCGCAGGAGACUGCUUGGUAAACGACCAGAUGUUAAAGUCCAUUCUCCAUCAUCAACUUCACAUGAGACGAGCUGGAAUUUGGAUAAGGAAGACCCGCCGAGCCCUCCUCCGCCAAGUGGCAACCCGUACAUCCACGAAUAAGGUAUACAAAAUAGCUAUACCUUUGAUCACAUACCAUCAUAUGUAUAACACUAACCUAUACCAUUAGGAAUAUGAAUAACCCUUUCAUUGCGCCAUCCCUAUAGAAACAUUAUAAUCAACAAAAUAAACACCUUUAGCUUCAAGUGCUUACCUUGAAUUGAAUUCUCUGGGUGUAAUUCUUGUGAAAUGUGCUAUGGUUUUUGUCAUCACUUUCGUCCCUGGCGGCAUACUUGUGCCCACAGGUGGAACAUGUGUGGAGAAGAAAAUCAGAUUGAGAAC